AAUGGAGAUAGAAUAAUACAAUAGCUCUAAUAAUGUCUCUCUGAGUCGCACUUACAGUAUUAUGCGUAUCAUCACAAUUAUGUGUAUCAUGACAGUAAUCGCUUAGCGACAAAAAGUUAACAUUAUGUAUAAAUUUUCUCGGCAGCUGUGUCAAGCGUUCGUAUUAUCGAGUUGUUCUCGCAGAAAUCGACACGUAUCGACGAGUUGUCGACAAUUUUUGGAAAUUACGUUUAAUCGUCCGAAUAUAGACAAUCUGACAAGGACCUUGUAUUCUUCGAGUAUAUCAUAUCGAGAAAAGAAUAUUGAAGUUCUGUGCAAAAACGGAAUGGCAACAAAAGAAGAAUUUACAAUUUAUUAUUUAGACUUACUGCGAGAAUUAGAGAAGGAGAAGCCAGAUUUUCUGCUCAUUGACGUUAGAGAACCUAAAGAAAUUCAGCAUUACGGCCAAAUACCAAAAACCAUUAAUAUAAGAGAGGAUGAUGUCGUUAAUGAACUCGUAAACCUUGAGGCUAAAAAGUUCCAAAAAAAAUACGGGAUACCUAAACCGGUUAAACACACAAAAAUGAUAUUUAGUUGCUACUCUGGUAAAAGAGCUGAGAAUGCGGCAAAAAAGAUGAAUGAAAAAGGAUACACACAAGUAUAUUUAUACAAAGGAAGUUUCAAGGAGUGGCACGACAAACAAAAUCCAGAAAGACAAACUUUUAUAAUCAAAUAUGAUCAGUUAUUGGAAGAUCAAAAGAAGUCGGAUGUUCUGAUCGUCGAUGUUAGAGAGCCUGAAGAAUUAGCUGAAACUGGCAAAAUAUCAGAAAGUAUUAAUAUAAAAUCGAAUGAUGUUGUUAAAGAAUUCAAAGAACUUUCGGAGGAAGAUUUUGAGGAAAAAUACGGUAAACCCAAGCCGACUAAAGACACAAAGAUCAUAUUUAGUUGUCGCUCUGGCAACAGAUCCGAACGUGUCCAAAAACAGAUACAGGAAUUGGGAUACAAACAAGCUCUAUAUUGUUUUGCAGGGUAUUUAAUUUUGAAGGAGGUUGGGAGGAGUGGAAACGAAGAGAAGAAAAGAAGGAAAAAUAAAAAAAGAAUGAUAGUGGAACACAAAAGUGGAAUUAGAAUAUUUUCAUUAUUGCACUGAUUUUUAACACAAACACACACACACACACACACACACACACAUAUAGCAUUUUGAGAUACUCUAUUGUUGCACUAACAAAAGA